ACUCUCAUAGUGGUUUGGCUAUAAACACACCACCCUACACACCCAUCACCAUUCACCACAACUCUAUAUUCCAUUACCUCCCACUUUUGAAUACAUUAUUAUUCCUUCUCUGUUCACAUUCCUUCAUACACAUAACCAUGUCUUCUCAGACUGUUGUCCUCAAAGUUGGUAUGUCAUGUCAAGGGUGUGCUGGAGCAGUGAAUAGGGUUUUGGGAAAAAUGGAAGGUGUUGAGUCAUUUGACAUUGAUCUGAAGGAGCAGAAGGUGACAGUGAAAGGAAAUGUACAGCCAGAUGAGGUUCUGCAAGCAGUUUCCAAAACUGGGAAGAAGACUGCAUUCUGGGUGGAUGAAGCACCACCAGAGAACAAGCCUUCAGAAACUGCACCUGUUGCCUCAACUGAGAAUGAUAACAAGUCUUCGGAAAGUGCACCUGUUGCCUCAACUGAAAAUGAUAAGAAGCCUUCAGAAAGUGCACCUGUUGCCUCAGACAACAAGCUUUCAGAAAGUGCACCUGUUGCCUCAGACAACAAGCUUUCAGAAAGUGCAACUGUUGCCUCAGCUGAGCCUGAAAACAAACCUGCAGAAACUGCUAUUGAAACUGUUGCCUAAGGCAUUUGUGGUUCUAUUUCUAUGUGGGAGUAGGUCUGUUUCAAAUAGUAUUUGAUGUGCUUUGUGCUUGUUAGCUGAAAUAUUUGGUGCGCUGUUACUGGUAUAUUAAGCUACAAUAACUCGUGGCCUACUUUUCACAUAUGUGAUACAUUUCAAGUGUGCUAUUAUCUAGAAUUUGAACUUGUUCCACUUCUUAUUU